UAAUUCGGGUAAACGCGCUUGAACGCUGCACGGCUGCGGUGGAAGGCGAAGACGCGAGCGGACAAAAGGCGAACCGGCGGAAAAAAAGCCUCACAAACGUGAUGAAUUAAUCAGCGACCAUGUCUCGUUUUCCUGACGUCCCCGAUUCGCUUUAAAACACACCGCCGGGGGAAGGAGGAGUGUGUUGAUGGAGAGACUCGGCAAGAGGCGGCGGAAAAGCGCGAGGCGCCGAGGCGCAUAAGGAGAAAACCACCAGGAUAGGAGGAAUGAACGCGUGAAAAGCAGAAAAAGAAGAAAAGAAGAAGAAAACAGAAGAAAGGGAAGAGGGGAGGGAUAGAAAACGCCCUUCUUAACACCCCUCUCCCCCUAAAAAAAAAAAAAAACUCCUAAAUCCCCGCAGUUUCUGGAGGAUCAGGGCGAAGUUGAGCAUGGCGCGGGGAGCCGAGCUGGGGUCCUGCCCGACUUUUCAAACUUAAUUGGAGGAGCAUUUCCGGUUGGAUCAAUCCACAUUUUUUUCUCCUGCUCGUGGUGCGGGAGAUCCCAGAAAACCCUACAGGCCAAGCAGGAGCUCCAUUUGUUUUUGUUUAGUUUAGUUUAGUGUAGUUUUCAAGAGCUCGCGCAGGAUCCGAGCGAACCACGAGCAUUGUCUAAUCUUAGAGGAUAUGAUCUGAUGCGAUGAUGUCUUCAGGAGCAGAAAGCAGGAUGGAGAAGCGCCAGAAGAAACUGGAGGCCAUGAUCAGAGACCCGCGCUCUGCCGUCAACCUGGAAAGUUUGCUUGACGCCAUGAACGCCGUGGUUCUAGACCUGAGCUUUCCCGCCUUGCGCAAAAACAAGAACAUUGAAACCUUCCUGAAUAGAUAUGAGGCAGUUAUGGGUGAUAUCAGAGAACUGCAGAUGAAGCCGGAGGAUUUCGACAAGGUGAAGGUGAUCGGCAGGGGAGCGUUCGGGGAAGUUCAACUGGUGAGACACAAGGCAUCUCAGAAAGUUUAUGCUUUGAAGUUGCUGAGCAAAUUUGAGAUGAUCAAGCGCUCGGAUUCUGCUUUUUUCUGGGAGGAGCGAGACAUCAUGGCGUUCGCACACAGUCCAUGGGUCGUACAGCUGUGCUGUGCGUUUCAGGACGACAGGUUCCUCUACAUGGUGAUGGAAUACAUGCCGGGCGGAGACCUGGUCAACCUCACUAGUACAUACGACGUUCCCGAGAAAUGGGCUAAGUUCUACACGGCCGAGGUAGUCAUGGCUCUGGACGCCAUCCACUCCAUGGGUUUCAUUCACCGAGACGUGAAGCCCGACAACAUGCUGCUGGACCACAACGGCCAUCUCAAACUUGCCGACUUCGGCACCUGCAUGAAGAUGGACUCGACGGGCAUGGUGCACUGUGACACGGCGGUCGGCACGCCCGACUACAUCUCACCCGAGGUGCUAAAAUCACAGGGUGGAGACGGGUACUAUGGGCGCGAGUGUGACUGGUGGUCUGUCGGAGUGUUUAUUUUUGAGAUGCUUGUUGGUGACACCCCGUUUUACGCCGAUUCCCUGGUAGGGACCUACAGUAAAAUCAUGGAUCAUAAGAACUCGCUGAACUUCCCAGACGAUGUUGAGAUCUCAAAGGAAGCCAAAAAUAUCAUCUGUGCAUUUCUGACCGACAGGGAGGUACGUUUAGGGCGGAACGGAGUGGAAGAGAUUAAGAGACACCCGUUCUUCAAAAAUGACCAGUGGACCUUCGAGACCAUCAGAGACACCGUGGCCCCCGUCGUCCCCGAGCUGAGCAGUGAUAUCGAUACGAGUAAUUUCGACGACAUUGAGGAUGACAAGGGCGACGUGGAGACGUUCCCGACACCUAAAGCCUUCGUAGGGAACCAACUCCCUUUUGUUGGAUUCACGUACUUCAAAGAAAACAAGUUGUUAAAUACUUUUAAUGGUUUAUCAGAACGUCCUGCUUCUGUUCAAGGAGAGGACAGUGUUUUGCUCCAAAAGAAGCUACACUCAUUAGAGGAGCAGCUUAAUAUCGAGAUGCAGGCCAAAGACGAGCUCGAGCACAAGUACAGGACAAGCAGUGCACGAUUCGAGAAAAUCACCAAAGAGCUAGAGGAGGAGAUAAGCAGUAGGAAAACUCUGGAGUCGUCUCUCAGACAACUGGAAAGAGAAAAGGCUCUGCUUCAGCACAAAAGUGUCGAGAACCACAGAAAGGCAGAGAACGAGGCAGAUCGCAAACGCUGCCUCGAAAACGAAGUGAACAGUCUGAGGGAUCAGCUGGACGAGAUGAAGAAGAGGAACCAGAACUCUCACAUUUCCAACGAGAAGAACAUCCACCUGCAGAGACAGCUAGACGAGGCAAACACGCUUCUGCGGGCAGAGUCGGACGCGGCGGCUCGUCUGCGCAAGUCGCAGGUGGAGGGCAGUAAACAGUUGCAGCAGCUGGAGACGCAUAUGCGAGAGCUGCAGGAUAAAUGCUGCCUGCUGGAGAGCAGCAAACUCACGCUGGAGAAAGACUACAUCAGCCUGCAGGCGGCGCUGGACACCGAGAAACGAGAACACACACAUCGCUCCGAGACCAUCUGUGACCUGCAGGCACGUCUCUCGGGUCUGGAGGACGAGGUGAAGCAGGUGAGACUGGUUCUGUCCAAAGCUGAGACUGAGAAGAGACAGCUGCAGGACAAACUCACUGAUUUGGAGAAGGAAAAGAGCAAUAUGGAGAUUGACAUGACGUACAAGCUGAAGGUUCUGCAGCAGAGUCUGGAGCAGGAAGAGUCGGCGCACAAGGCCACGAAGGCCCGACUUGCCGACAAGAGCAAGAUCAGCGAAUCCAUUGAGGGAGCGAAGUCCGAGGCAGUAAAGGAUCUGGAGCAGAAGCUGCAAGCAGAACAUUCCUCCAAACUGCAGGUGGAAAACCAGCUGCUUGAGUUGGAGAAACACAACUCCAUGUUGGACUGCGAUUAUAAACAGGCACUGCACAAACUCGAUGAGCUGCACAGACACAAGGACCGGCUCACUGAGGAGGUGAAGAACUUGUCUCUGAAGAUCGAGCAGGAGGUCCAAAAGCGAAAUCUGACCCAGAAUGACCUGAAGGUACAGAACCAGCAGCUCAGCACCAUAAAGACAUCAGAGAAGCAGCUCAAACAGGAAAUCAAUCACCUGCUGGAAAUCAAGCGGAGCCUGGAGAAGCAAAUCAUGGAGCUUCGCAAGGAGCGUCAGGAUUCUGAUGGACAGAUGAAGGAGCUUCAGGAUCAGCUGGAGGCAGAACAGUAUUUCUCAACUCUGUACAAGACUCAAGUGCGGGAGUUAAAGGAGGAGUGUGAAGAGAGGAAUAAGCUUUAUAAAGACAUGCAGCAGAAUCUGCAGGAGCUGCAGGAGGAGAGGGACUCUCUUGCCGCUCAGUUGGAGAUCACCCUGACGAAGGCCGACUCUGAGCAGCUGGCUCGCUCUAUUGCUGAGGAACAGUAUUCUGAUCUGGAGAAGGAGAAGAUCAUGAAGGAGCUCGAGAUUAAGGAGAUGAUGGCCAGACACAGACAGGAACUUGCUGAAAAGGACACCACCAUCAGCUCGUUGGAGGAAGCUAACCGCAUGCUAACGAGUGACGUAGCAAACCUGGCUAAUGAGAAAGAAGAGCUGAACAACAAGUUUAAGGAGGCAAUGGAUGAAAUGCAGAAUCUAAAGAAUGAUGAACAGUCCAUCACACAGAUGAAGCUCGCCUAUGAGAAGCAGCUGCAGUCAGAGAGGACCCUCAAGACUCAGGCUGUGAACAAGCUGGCUGAAAUCAUGAACAGGAAAGAGGUGCGUGGUAAUGGAAGUCGCCGUGGAAACGACACGGAUGUGAAGAGGAAGGAGAAAGAAAACAGGAAAUUGCAGCUGGAGCUACGAUCGGAACGAGAGAAACUGAACAGCACCAUCAUCAAAUAUCAACGAGAAAUCAACGAAAUGCAGGCACAACUAGCGGAUGAAUCAGUGAUGCGUGUCGAGCUGCAGAUGGGUCUGGACAGCAAAGACAGUGACAUCGAGCAACUCCGAAGCCUCCUCAAUUCCAUCAACGUGCACUCGCUCGACUCGGCCAGCAUGAGCAGCGGUCCAGAGUUCGAAACCGAUGAAUCGCUGCCAGAGACAAGGUUAGAGGGCUGGCUGUCUCUCCCCGUGAGGAACAACACCAAGCGUUUCGGCUGGGAGAGAAAAUAUGUGGUGGUGAGCAGCAAGAAGAUCCUCUUCUACAACAGUGAACAGGAUAAAGAGCAGUCAAAUCCCUACAUGGUGCUGGAUAUAGAUAAACUCUUCCACGUUCGUUCAGUCACCCAGACGGAUGUAUACCGGGCAGAUGCUAAAGAAAUUCCUCGAAUAUUCCAGAUCCUUUACGCAAACGAGGGUGAGAGUAAGAAAGAGCAGGAAGUGGAACCGCUGCCUAUUGGAGAGAAAUCCAGCUACAUCUGCCACAAAGGGCACGAGUUCAUCCCAACGCUCUACCAUUUUCCCACUAACUGCGAGGCUUGCACCAAACCGCUGUGGAACAUGUUCAAGCCUCCUCCUGCACUCGAGUGUCGCCGUUGCCACAUCAAGUGCCACAAAGACCACAUGGAUAAGAAGGAGGAGGUGAUCGCACCGUGUAGAGUUAACUACGAUGUGUCCACGGCGAAGAACCUCCUACUGUUGGCAUCAUCUCAGGAAGAGCAGCAGAAGUGGGUCAGCAGGCUCGUUAAGAAGAUCCCUAAAAAGCCCCCGGGCCCCGAUUGGAGCCACCGCUCAUCUCCUCGUGUCCCCACCAAAGUUCAGGCCAGCCAGUCGAUGAGGAGAGCCAGCCGGCAGUUGCAGGCCGGGAAAACCAGGACUGGGCAAAACUGCUCGGAGCCCACAGCACCCCCUCCAGGCAGGGAGAAAUUCAUCCACCACAAGGGUCAUGAGUUUUUGCCCAUUUUCUACCACUUCCCUACUACGUGUGAAGCCUGCGCAAAACCCCUGUGGAACAUGAUCAAGCCUCCCUUGGCUCUGGAGUGCCAACGGUGCCAGAUCAAGUGCCACAAAGACCACAUGGACAAGAGAGAGGAGGUUCUUACGCCGUGUAACCCUGCCAGAUUCGACCCCCAGUUUGCCUCCGGGUGAAAAUUAGCUCGGCGGGGAGAUAACGAUUCUUUAUAGCGAGCAACAGCGGGAAAUGAACUGGAGCUCAAGCAACCUCAAUUUUGCAGUUUCAUAUUAUGAAUCUUUGUAACUGCAAGGCGUCAUGGCUGAGAGAGCCAUCGAUUUAAAAAAAAAAAAGUUUUAGCUCCAUUUCAUUUUUCUGACUUUCACACACACUGUGAAACAGAUACUUAAAGAUCUUGUCAUUCAUGUCUUGCCCUUUGCCACUAACAAACCUUUCCAUUCAAUCCAGCAUCCAUAAUUAAACAUACAUGCUUGGGGUUAAAGCCUAGAUUAACAGUAUUUGAAGGCUGUGUCAUAAAAAUCCUAAUAACAAUAUUUUUGGAGUGUAAAGUUUAAAAAGAUUUCAUUUUGAUGAUCCCAUACAGCCUUCAAAUGACCGUUUAUUUAGCAAUCAAACUCGUGGCUUUGCUUGGAUAUUAGCAUUUUAGCUAGUUUCUGGACUGCAAGUCUACAGGAGAUUUAGUAAAUCUUCAGGACAGUCGUUAUCAGACCAGUCAAAACAAAACAGCUAUUUAUGAUUGGAUCUUAUUCAUGUUCAUGAAAUCUUAACCCGUCACCAGAACUGAACAGUGGUUUAUUUCAUUUGAAACCCAGUGUUCAAGGUGAAAACCCUCUCUAAGUGCUUAAAACAAGCACACUCUUCUGUCUUCUGAGAUCUAGAUGUUGGACAUAAGCACUGGUGUUAUCCCUAUUGAAGAAAUUAAUUAGUCUGUAUUAUUAUGUAAAUGUUAGUAUUAAAGUAGCCUUCAAGGGGGUUAGCUGUUUACAGGGUCUUACUAUUUUCAGGAGAUUUAGUCUCUAAUUUCCUCUUGUUUAGCAGUACAGCGCUGGCAGGUGAUGCUUACUUACAUUUCAACAAAACUUAGACUGAACCAUCAGAGAUUCUGGAAGCGGGUGAUCCUUCUCUGUAGGCUAAAUCUUAGCACUCUUCCUUCCUUUCAGGCUUCUGGAUGUGGGUCUUGAGGACUGGCAUUGGGCUUUGGAUGAGAUCCAUGAUGAUGAUGAUGAUGAUUUUGUGAAUGAAUUUAAUGUGUAAAGGAGCAUGCAGGGGUUCAAAUCAUGGUAACUCCUGAGUGGAUGAUUGCGAGUGUGAGUUUGAAGUGGGUGUUCAUGAAAGCUGCUGCUCAGCAGGGACCAAGAACUCGGUCCGUUCCAAACAUCCUCUCUUUCAAGUUUUACUCUGAAAUCGGACUUCACAUUCCAUUCAUAUUUCCACUGUAAAGUCCAGCCCAAGUGUUUUGUACUAAUGAAAGAGAGAAUGUUUACCAUUGGGUGUUUGGCUUGUCUCUUUCUCCGCCGGAUUUUUUUGACCUUUUAACCUUUUAACCUCUUCACCCCAGCCCACCCAGGUCAGGAUCUCCAACGAGAAGAAAGGACUCCAAGAGCCAUCUGAACAAAUGACUCACUUGUUUUUGAUGUUUUUUUUUUUUCUUCUUUUACUUGAAUCUUUUUUUGGCAAACAUUUUAUUUAUCAAAAUACAAACCCAUGUUUACAGCUAGCUGAGCAACAUUUGUUAUACUGUUUAAAGAAAACAAAGUGUUGUAUUAAAGCAGGAUCAUGAUCUAUUUUAGGAGGUCUGCUAUCUCAUGCAAUAAAGGUUUGCGAAAUGGAACGUUUUACGUUUGCAUAGUGAGUGCAUGCACGGUGUGGUGUGUCGUCAUCUGCAGGCAUGUGCUGAUAUUAAAUGUGAAAUAUGUAAAAAUCGUAUGCAAAAUUUUUACUUACUCAGGUGUGAGGUCUAUUAUGGGAUUUCUGUCACUUUUUUUUGCAGAGGAAAUUUGCAAUACUUGGCAAAAACCAAUUGUAUGUAAUAUAUUUUUUAAUUCCUUGCUCUGAACCUUCUGUGGCAAACAUUUACUUUCCGAAUAUAUUUAUUUGGAUGUACUUUAUCGGCUUAUGAUGCUAAUGUAAAAUAAAAAAUCAUGUAUGUUA